AUGGCUAGCCCUUCCACAAGUCAUGCGCUGACGGAGGUCGAACAAGUGACCGUGCUGAAAGAAGUAUUGGACGACGAAAUCCUAAGUAAUUAUAGUUCCGAUGAUGAGAGUGCAUCGGACUAUGAUUACACACAACUGGUGCCACCUCAGACCAUCAGUGAUAGUGAAAGGGACAGUGAUCCUGAGGAUAUCAUGGCCCAAGAUGGAUUGGAAGAGGUGUCCAGGAGAUUUGUGUGGGAAGAUAUCGAUUCGUUUCACGCUUCGCGAGAAUCGUUUUGUGGUGUGUGUGGUCCCCAGUUCGACACUGCCGAACUAGAUGUCGUCAGUGUUUUUGAAAGCAUUUUCGAUAUUUCCCUUGUGCAGCUGAUUGUUGAUGAAACGAACAAGUAUGCUCAACAGAAAAUAUCGAAAAUCGCCAGACCUCUCACAUUUCGCUCUAGGAUUCGGAAGUGGGAAGAUGUGACACUGGACGAAAUGUACGUGGUUUUGGCACUAAUUAUGUUGACUGGCAUUGAUCAGAGGCCUACAUUGAGGUCUUAUUACUCAAAGAACCGCCUGCUGUUCACUCCGUUUUUUGCAGAGACCUUACCUCUGGAAAGACUUGAGGUCAUAAUGAGAUUUCUGCAUUUUUCGGACAACAGCAAGCAAAAUGAGUACCAAGGCCCUUCCAAACUUUUCAAAAUUUAUCCCGUCAUUCAGCACCUGAGUAGAAAAUUUCAGAUUCUCUAUCUUCCAGGUCAGAACAUUGCCAUAGAUGAAUCCUUGACCCUAUGGAAAGGUCGUCUGUCUUUCAAGCAGUACUUGCCACUCAAGGCUGCGAAAUUUGGUAUCAAAACGUUUGAACUCUGCGAGUCUAGUUCUGGUUAUGUUUGGUCCUUUCUUGUCUAUACUGGACAAGGAAUGGAACUAACAAAUCAGUAUGUGACUGCAGAGAAAAACAAAACUACAGCAAUUGUAGUAACACUCUUAGAAAAUCUUCUGGGUCGCGGAUACACAGUGUGGAUGGAUAAUUUUUAUAACUCCCCUGAUUUGGCUCGUUUCUUGAAGUCUAAAAAUACAGACUGUGUUGGAACCUUACAUACCAACAGGAAAAACGUCCCUCCCUUAGUGAAAAAUAAGAAAUUGGAAAAAGGUGAACACUGUGCUCAGCACUCGGGAGACGUGGCAGUUCUUGCAUGGCAAGACAAAAGAAGGGUGACAAUGAUAUCCACAUACCAUAAAAACGAUAUGCGUGUGGUUGUUAAUCGUGCAAACAAGCCAGAAAUAAAGCCUGUGGUUGUUUGCGAUUACAACAGAAACAUGCUGGGGGUGGAUCUCAAAGACCAGAUGCUUCAACCGUACCUGCUUGAACGAAAGAAGGGUACCAAGUGGUACCUAAAAUUAUUCAAGCGGUUACUCAAUGUAGCAAUCCACAACAGUAUGGUAAUCUAUCGGUCCCACCCAAACAAACAAAACCUGGACACUCUACAGUUCAGACUUUCCCUAGUUCAAGGUCUCGUGGAAAAGCACGGCUCUGGGAUUAUUCAGUAUUAA